AUGGCCAGGAGAGGUAAGAAGCCGGUGGUGCGGACGCUGGAGGAUCUAACACUGGACUCGGGUUAUGGUGGCGCGGCGGACUCAGUGCGCUCCUCCAACUUGUCCCUGUGCUGUUCCGACUCGCACCCGGCGUCCCCGUAUGGCGGGAGCUGCUGGCCGCCUCUAACUGACUCCAUGCACAGCCGGCACAACAGCUUUGACACUGUCAACACUGCCCUGGUGGAAGACUCCGAGGGGCUGGACUGUGCCGGCCAGCACUGCUCGCGGCUGCUGCCGGACCUCGACGAGGUCCCCUGGACCCUCCAGGAGCUGGAGGCGUUGCUCCUGCGCUCACGGGAUCCCCGGGCAGGCCCGGUGGCCCCCGGUGGCCUGCCUAAAGACGCAUUGGCCAAGCUGUCGACGCUGGUGAGCCGGGCGCUGGUACGCAUCGCCAAGGAGGCACAGCGCCUGAGCCUGCGCUUCGCUAAGUGCACCAAGUAUGAGAUCCAGAGCGCCAUGGAGAUCGUGCUGUCCUGGGGCCUGGCGGCGCACUGCACGGCGGCCGCGCUGGCCGCGCUGUCCCUCUACAACAUGAGCAGUGCCGGUGGCGACCGCCUGGGCCGCGGCAAAUCGGCGCGCUGCGGCCUCACCUUCUCUGUGGGCCGCGUGUACCGCUGGAUGGUGGACAGCCGCGUGGCGCUGCGCAUCCACGAGCACGCAGCCAUCUACCUGACGGCCUGCAUGGAGAGCCUAUUCCGGGACAUCUACGCGCGGGUCGUGGCCUCCGGGCUGCCCAGGAGCUGCAGCGGCCCAGGCCCGGGCUCCAGCUCCGGCCCAGGCCAAGGCUCGGGCCCCGGAGCAGCCCCCGCGGGGGAUAAGGAGCGGGAGGUCCCCGGAGGGGGAGCGGCGAGCGGCGGCGCCUGCAGCGCAGCCAGCAGCGCCAGCGGGGGCAGCAGCUGUUGCGCCCCGCCGACCGUCGCUGCUGCUGCCGCCGCCGCAGCCCCACCGGCAGCCGCCGCCAACCACCACCACCACCACCACCACGCGCUCCACGAGGCGCCCAAGUUCACCGUGGAGACGCUGGAGUACACAGUCAACAACGACUCCGAGAUCUGGGGGCUGCUGCAGCCCUACCAGCACCUCAUCUGCGGGAAGAACGCCAGUGGAGUGCUCUGCCUGCCAGACAGCCUGAACCUUCACCGGGACCCACAGCGGACCAGCAAGCCGGGAGAGCUGCCCAUGUUUAGCCAGUCUGAGCUGAGGACCAUCGAGCAAUCCUUGCUGGCAACCCGCGUCGGCAGCAUCGCAGAACUGAGUGACCUGGUGUCCCGAGCAAUGCAUCACCUGCAGCCCCUCAAUGCCAAGCACCAUGGCAACGGCACCCCCCUGCACCACAAGCAGGGGGCGCUCUACUGGGAGCCCGAGGCCCUGUAUACCCUUUGCUAUUUCAUGCACUGCCCACAGAUGGAAUGGGAAAAUCCCAACGUGGAACCCUCCAAAGUCAACCUCCAGGUGGAAAGGCCCUUCCUCGUGCUGCCGCCGCUGAUGGAGUGGAUCCGGGUGGCCGUGGCGCACGCCGGCCACCGCCGCAGCUUCUCCAUGGACAGCGACGACGUCCGCCAGGCCGCCCGGCUGCUGCUGCCCGGCGUGGACUGCGAGCCGCGCCAGCUCAGGGCCGACGACUGCUUUUGCGCUUCUCGGAAGCUGGAUGCAGUGGCCAUCGAAGCCAAGUUUAAGCAGGACCUGGGUUUCCGGAUGCUGAACUGUGGGCGGACGGACCUGGUGAAGCAGGCAGUGUCUCUCCUGGGGCCCGAUGGGAUCAACACCAUGAGCGAACAGGGCAUGACCCCCCUGAUGUACGCCUGUGUCCGUGGGGACGAGGCAAUGGUUCAGAUGCUGCUGGAUGCCGGAGCUGACCUGAAUGUGGAGGUUGUCAGUACUCCUCAUAAAUAUCCAUCCGUCCACCCCGAGACCCGCCAUUGGACGGCUCUGACCUUUGCUGUGUUGCAUGGACAUAUUCCUGUAGUUCAGCUCCUCCUGGACGCUGGGGCCAAGGUGGAGGGCUCUGUGGAGCACGGCGAGGAGAACUACUCAGAAACACCCCUCCAGCUCGCAGCCGCCGUAGGAAAUUUUGAACUGGUUAGUUUGCUGUUGGAGCGAGGCGCGGACCCCCUGAUAGGAACCAUGUACAGGAAUGGAAUUUCUACCACCCCCCAGGGUGAUAUGAACUCUUUCAGCCAGGCCGCAGCCCAUGGACACAGGAAUGUGUUCCGCAAACUGCUCGCUCAGCCAGAGAAGGAGAAGAGUGAUAUCCUGUCCCUGGAGGAGAUUCUGGCUGAGGGGACUGACCUGGCGGAGACAGCCCCGCCUCCCCUGUGUGCCAGCCGCAACAGCAAGGCCAAACUCAGAGCCCUGAGGGAGGCCAUGUAUCACAGCGCUGAGCAUGGCUACGUGGAUGUCACAAUUGAUAUCAGGAGCAUAGGUGUCCCGUGGACCCUGCACACGUGGCUGGAGUCUUUGCGGAUCGCCUUCCAGCAGCACCGCAGGCCUCUCAUUCAGUGCCUGUUGAAGGAGUUCAAGACCAUUCAGGAGGAAGAGUACACGGAGGAGCUGGUCACUCAGGGCCUGCCCCUGAUGUUUGAGAUCUUGAAAGCCAGCAAGAAUGAAGUGAUCAGCCAGCAGCUGUGUGUCAUCUUCACUCACUGCUACGGGCCCUACCCCAUCCCCAAGCUCACAGAGAUCAAACGGAAGCAGACCUCACGCCUGGAUCCUCAUUUCCUUAACAAUAAAGAAAUGUCAGAUGUCACCUUUCUGGUAGAAGGAAGACCAUUUUAUGCUCACAAAGUGCUGUUAUUUACAGCGUCUCCAAGGUUCAAAGCUCUCCUCUCCAGCAAACCAACCAACGACAGCACCUGCAUAGAGAUCGGAUACGUGAAGUACCCCAUCUUCCAGCUGGUUAUGCAGUAUCUCUACUACGGUGGCCCAGAGUCACUUCUCAUUAAAAACAACGAGAUAAUGGAGCUCCUGUCUGCUGCAAAAUUUUUCCAGCUGGAGGCUUUGCAGCGACACUGUGAGAUUAUCUGUGCAAAAAGCAUCAAUACCGACAACUGUGUGGAUAUUUACAACCAUGCCAAGUUUCUUGGAGUCACAGAGCUCUCAGCAUAUUGCGAAGGCUACUUUCUCAAAAACAUGAUGGUCCUUAUCGAAAAUGAAGCCUUCAAGCAGCUCCUGUAUGACAAAAACGGCGAGGGCACGGGCCAGGAUGUGCUGCAGGACUUACAGAGGACGUUGGCCAUCAGGAUUCAGUCAAUCCACUUGUCGUCUUCCAAAGGCUCUGUUGUAUGA